UUGGUGGUUCAGUGCGAGUCUGGCCUCAGCCAGUGUAGGUGUGUGGCAGGUGCUGUCCUCCUUCUCUCCUACUACUCUUCAGUGAUAUUCCUGGAAUCUUAGAGUAACGCACAUUGAACUGCUCCCAAAAUGAACAAUGGUAUAUGAAUUAGGCUUUGGCAAGAUUUUCAUUCGCUUUUUAAUUAGACUUCAUUAACAGUUGGCUAGAAGAUUUAGGGUGCGGCGCCAGGUGAGUCCCAGAUGUGAGGCAUCAUGUCAAAGGAUGCAUAUUAUCAAUUUGGAGAGCCAGGUGGUAAGACAGAGGGCAUGAGUCUCCCCUCCUUACCCACCACAUCCUACUGGUAUAAUGCCCACUCUUCUGUGGGCAGCUCUCUGUACUCAGAUAAUGAGACUUCAGUAGUUUCUCCUUGUAAGGGAGACCAGCACAUAAAUGUAAAAUUACCAGACAAUGAUAGAGAAUCUUUGGAGUGGUGGACUGAUGGCAUGUGCUUGAGCAAUCAGCAGCGAGCCUUUGAUGGCCAAUACUGGGAAGGAUAUGUACCAACAAGUGAUCAGUCUGGUACAGGGUCAGAAUUUGAGGCUUCUGAUUGUCCAUUAGCCCCACUGAGUUGCUGUACUGCGGACCAUCAAAACGGCUACAACAGCCCAGAGUUUUUGAAAACUGUGGAGAUUUCAAGACAUGACCAGGAUGAAAGUUCAUAUUGUUCAGAAUCUAUCAGUAGUCAGGAAUAUUCUCCAGCCAGCAGUAACAGUAUUCCUGUAGAAAGUAAGAAACCUAGUCCAGAAACAUUAGCAAUAGUAGAGGAACAUAAAAAGAAUCAAAAACGACAAAAAAAAGAACCCAAAGAUAAAGGAAAGGAAGACAAAAGAUGUGGUGUGUGUGGGGAUGCAGCAAGGAGUAUGCAUUUUGGAGGGAUGGCCUGUGACUCUUGUAAAGCAUUUUUUCGACGUUCUGUGCAGAGUGGUGCCUACAAAAGUUUCCAUUGUCCAGAAAACAAAACCUGUCCAAUCUCAAAACAAAACAGAAAAGUUUGUCAGUAUUGUAGGUUUAAGAAAAGUCAAGAGAAUGGAAUGGAGAUCAACUGGGUGAUGUCAGAAACUGACCGAAUGGUGCUUUGGAAGAACAGACUUGCUAAACAACGCCAUGUCCAGGAAGAAAAGAUUAAAGAGAAAGUAUAUGGAGACCUGCCAAGAUCACUAGAUCCUCAGGAAGCAGAUACGCUAAGGACUAUUGUUGCUCUUCAAGAGUCGACAUUCAGGUCCAUUUCUUACCCAGAAGGCUGUUACGGUGACAAUGUACAAGCAUUAGCUAACCUUUUUGUUUGCAUAUGCAAAAAACUAGGAAUAUUCUUCAAAGAAGUCGAGGACUUUCAGGAAGUUUGUGAAACUGAUAGAUCACUUUUACUGAAGAGUGGGAUUGGGAUGUCGAUAUACCUUCAUGGUGCAUAUAUGUAUGAUUACGAAAAUCAAAUAUGGCCUGCUGAAUGUAACAAAGAAGCUUUAAAGAUUCCAAAAAUAUCCAUGGACACUCUGAGAGAGUUUACAGGUUUGCCAGAAGCUUUUGAUGCCAUAAUGAAAUUCUACAAUAAAUAUGCCAAAGAUCUAAAAGAUGAAAUUGUUUUGGUACUGAUUUGCUUGAUUGCCUUCUUUCAGCCAGAUGAUCCUCAAUUUGAGAAUCCACAAAAGAUUCAGGAGAUUCAGCUAAAGUACCUGGAACUCCUCCGGCAUUACCUAGUAGGUAAAGAAGGUGAUGUUGGUGCAAAAAUAACAUUUCCUAAGCUUCUUGUUGGACUUGCAGACGUUAAAGAGAUUGUAGAAUUUCAUAGCAAAGUAGAUAUCAAACCAUCUAUAAACCACCAACAAAUCUUUACACAUUCAGUAGCAGAAAAUCAAAUGUCAGCAGUAAAUGAAUUGUUUCAAAAGGCUUCCCAAGGGAUACUGCCAGAGUUUUCUUCAAUUUUAACAGUCUCUGAAAAAAGACAGCCACUAUGGCAGCAAAGUGCUGCAGUUAGAAGACGACGAUCAAAUUCAAGCAUUGUUGUGCAUGGAGAGCAGUUUUAUCAUCCUCAGACUAACCAAAUAUUUGGUGGGACUCCAAGAACUGAUAUGAUUAUCACAAAUCCAAUGGAAGAGAUAGAAAAUUUUCUAAGAAAACAGAAGUUGCCAAGUGCACAAAUAAAUGAGGUGUCAGAUUAUGAUGAUGAUUACAGAGGUGAAGACUACAGGAAAAAUAUAUUAUGUAGAGAUUCUGGAAAGGCAACUAACACUCCUCCAUUUAAUUCUGACAGACAGUUACAACUUGUGUCAAGUGACAGAAAUAGAGAAAGUGAUCAGGCAGAUCCAUUAGACAAAAAGAAAGCAGUUGAAGUGCUUUGUGAUAUACUGAAACAUGUAUCUUGUGCUGAUGAUGAAGAGUUCAUUCAGUCAUUAAAACAAAAUUUGUCUCCACACCUUUUGAUUAAUUUAGCUCAAAAGCUGUCACCAUCUUAGCAUUUGCUGUAACAAGCAAUUUUAAUUAUUUGGAGACAUUUACCCAAUUAAGUUUUUUGGUGAAGAAACAAAUGUACAGCAUUUGGAAGCAGAGCACAAAACCUUUUGAUACAUUUUUUUUCCUGUGACAAACUAAAAUGUUCAACAAUUGACAAAUACUGCCAAUACUAUAUUAUUAUGGACCUCACUGUGGACAUUUGCUCAUCUGAUUUAAGUCAGUUUAGUCUUAAUUUUAGAAAUAGCUGGAGCAUUUGUGAUGCACAUUUGUUAAAAAUAAAAAAAUUGAUCUA